AUGCCGUCCUGUGAGCGCCUCCAGCGGGCACGCCGCCUCCGGCUCAGCCCGAAGGUGGAGCUUUCACUCGCGGACGUGGAGUUGGUCGAAUCCAUCGUCCGAGCGCUCGUGUUCCUGGCGGGGAUCAUCGGUAACAACUGCUUGGCCAUCAGCUCCAUCCCCUCCAAGGCAUCUGGCAUUUGCACCAACGAGGCGCUCUUCAUCAACUUUGCGGUCUCCAACCUCAUCACCAACUACCUGGUGGACCUUCCCGACGCCAUCGCCGACCGCUGGUUCCUGGGUGAGGCCUACUGCGGCAUUUUACGCUUCUGCGCCGACCUGUCGGAGACAAGCAGCAUCUUCACCACCUUCUUCAUCAGCACCUUCUGGCAACAGAAGCCGGUGGGCUCCCUGAAGCGGGGAGGCGCCCCCAUCAAGAUGGACAACGUUGGCCUGGUGCUGAGCCUUCUGGCCGGCAGCUGGGCCACAGCUUUGGCCUUCAGCGUGCCGCACUUCUUCUUCGUGAGCGUGGAGGCGACCAAUGAGAGCGAGGAGGACUGCGUGGACGUCUUCCCGGACGCCAUCUCCAGAUGGACCUACGACGUCAUCUACCUGAUGCUGGCCAACGCCCUGCCUCUUGCCGGGAUGCUGUUCCCCAGCGGUCAGAUCGUGGUGACGUUGCUGAAGAACCAGCAGCGCAUCCAAACACCGUUUACGGGCCCAGCGCCGCCUCGCCGAGCCCCGUCUACACGGGCUUGCCCGCCCCCGCUUCCUAUCCGGACACCGGCAACGCCUCCGGAGCCCUCCGAGCCCGGCCAGGUGCGCUCGGGGAAGCCCAACUCCAGCUCCCAGGUGCGGGCGGCCAAAAGUGUGGUGGCGGUGGCCAGCGUGUUCCUGGUGUGCUGGCUGACUCAUCUGCUGCUGCGUAUCACCAACAACUUCCACACCUCCUCGCUGGUGGUGGAGGUGGCCAGCUACAUCGCCGCCUCCUACACCUGCACAAUGCCUUACAUAUUCCUGCACGGACUCAAAAAGCUCACAUGCUCGUGCAAAAAAUACAGGGGGAGAAAUAAGCAGUUAGAGUGCAUCUCAACUGCAGCUCUGGUUCACAAUGUCUUUAUUCUAAUGUCCCUUAGUCAUCGUUUCGAUUCUUGCAAAGGGAACAGAGUAAAAUUAAAUCAAAUUAAGAUCUGA